UCAGAAAUGUGAAGUUGUCGUCGUGUGUCGAGAGUCUGUGCGGUUUAAAUACACUGUGAGCGAACUGAAAGGCGAUUUUAUUUUGCAGGGGAGGUGUUUAGUUGACAGCACAUGAAUGUAGUCGAUAUAUUACUGAACUGAAAGUUAAUAUUUCCGUUAUGGAAAAUAAACCGGUUCCCGCGAAGCUCCUGAACGCCGCUCCUCCGUACGGACACAUCAUCAGCCAUGAGAAAUGGAGAGGGUCAACACUCGUGCAAAGCUUUAAAGGGAGUGUAAAGAUGAUCUUCGAGGAGGAGCUCGGUGUUGUCGACUUCUGUCUCAGUAACAAGAUGUGUGUCCUCUAUGUGUCAGAAAGUGACCUGGUGGCAGGAAACAGCUACAGGAGGAAGAUCGUCCGCUUUAGAAAUGCGAACAGUGGUCUGCAGGCUGUAGUGAUCGUGGAGAAGACUCGAGUGAGCGAGCAGUAUUUCAGCGCACUGCAGAAGUUUGUGGUUUUAGAGCUGGGUUUGACUCUUCUGCCGGUCUCCACCUCAGCUGAGGCUGCUCAGCUCAUCGCUCAGCUGGUGUUUGGACAGAGUAAGGAGAACCCGUUUCGCCGCAGGCGUGUUUCCCGCCUGCUGGAGCCGCUGGUGUUGAGUCUGGUCCAGCAGAUCCCCGGAGUGGGGAAGGUGAAGGCCCAGCUGCUCCUGCAGACAUUUCCCAGCAUCCUCCAGCUCAGCCGAGCCUCAGUCCCGGAGCUGGAGCCUGUGGUGGGUCAGGCCACAGCGCAGCACAUCAGGGGCUUCUUCCACAACCAGAUCACUUAGAAAACACACUCACGUUACUGGAGUAAGAGAAGAAUAAACACUAUUUAAGCACUUUUAAAGAAAAAAACUGUGCCUCGAUUCAGUGUUAAAGGGAUAGUUCACACAAAAAUUAAAAUUUGCAUUAUUUACUCUCCCUCAAGUGAGAGUAAUUCUUUAUUAACACCAAAUAUGAUAUAUCAAAGAAAGCUGAAAACCUGUUACCGUUGCCGCCUGCUAAGGGUAAAAAAAAGUCAAAAUUGUGACUUAGAAAAUUAAAAAAUAUGACUUAAGUAAAAAUUAGGAAGAAAUUAUGACUUGACGAACCCCUAUUAUGCAUUUAAAGCUCAUAUGUCAUAUUUUGGUUUUGAGGGUCUCCAACAAUAGGCUGACAUCUUCAACAUGGUUUUAGACACAAUAUGAGAACACAGAGUUAACCAGAUACAGUACAAGCGGUUACAAGUAACAAAACACAAUUAAAUACAGCAUUUGCAAGCUAGAGAAAGCAAGGAGGCAGCCAUUUUAAUCACACUUACUUACACUUGUGAAAUGGAGGAAGAAACUGAUCCAUGAACUGUGUACUGUAAAGUUCAUGUCAAUCUCAGACAAAGUCCCAUACAUCAAUAGUCUUUUCUGGUCCUUCCUUUAACAAACGGCUGAUGAAUCUCCCGUCGUAAGCGUGUAGAUUGCAGAAGCACUCGUCAGAAAGAUGACGGGAACACAGCACAAGGCUGGGGCUAUAAUGCUGAGGUAUUUUUGCAAAAAUAAACUUCAACCACAGACUCUUCACAGCCUCAUCUUUGAGUAAAUAACACUAACUUUCCCUCACACUUCAGAGCACAGUGUCUUCACGACAUGAUUCAACCGGGAUCUGCUACAGUGUUUUUCUUGAGUUCUGUAUCGACGUCACGCCAGCAUGGCUAAAGACUUGUUACAGCGGCGAUUCAUUCGACCCACUGUGAGUCGACUCUUUUAUAGAUGAAUCAAUAGCAAUUACACGCUGCAAUAAAGAUCAUUUUCAUAAACCCGUAAUAGGGGCUCUUUAAAGCGUCUAUUAUUACUUAGUAAAUCAUAAUUUAGACUUUGUCAUAUUUCUGACUUACUAAGUCAAAAUUAAUAGAUAAAAAGUCUAAAUCAUGACUUAAAAAGCUAGAAGCGCUGCAUUUAUAUGGUUGUUUGUCGCCACCUAUUGGUAUUAGUGUCAUUUCUACAUUCUUUAAAAAUCAUAAUUUUUUACUUUUGAUGUAACUUUUACUUAAAGUCUCAUAACUUUACAUU